AUGUCUUUGGAUCUGCCCGAGGCCAAACCGGACACCAUGGAGGAAAUCUUCUCCGACAAGUGUCAGCGCAUCAACCUGGACCACUACAGCAUCUAUCACUUUGAUGAACUGGUGAUUGACGACCGCAAGUACCAGUAUCGUCUGUCCUCCAAGGGUGACGUGAUGACGCUGGUGGGUACCCUGAAUGGCCAGUCCCUCCUACUGGUCUCCGUGUGGACAAAUAUGGAUCAUGAAAACCGCCUGCGUGAGAUCCAUCAGUACAUUCUGCAGAGGGAGGCACAGGGUGACCUGCCUAAUGCUGAUGGCAAGGUUUGUGUUUCUCCUCCAACUGCUAGAACGUUUGCCAUAAAUCUGCACCUCACAUCAGUAUCUAUGCCCCUGUCCAAUUGA